GAUGGUUGAGCCGUCCGAGCCAUUUUGUUUUUUAAUCGCAUCGCCUUCUACCUUUUAUCGGUAUUCGACAGCGCGCUGUCCAGAAGAAUAACUAUAAGGAAAAAUACAACCAAAAAAAGUGAAAAUUGUCUUUAAAAGUGUCGUUUUCUGUCAAAUGGAAAUAAUCACCGUUCUACCGUAUACAUCAACGACCUAACCACUGGACGACAAAAUAACUAAAAUCUCAAUUAUACUCAAAAGUCAUCGUUGAAAAGUUCAAUUUUCCAUCACCACCAAAUAAUGAGUAGUAUACGUGACCGUGCUCGUAUAACUGUGAAAAUACACAAUAUGAAACGGAGUGCAUCGCGAGCGCCCGCAGACAGGGGCGAUUCGCCACGAGUGAAACGAAUCCGAACAAGUAUGGAUCGGUACGAUCAUCAUGUGCCCGACAGUCGACCGUCACCGGAUCGACGACGUUUACGAUCUCAAAGUGUGCAUCCGCGGUAUGUUACACCGACGCAUAGUACACACCGAAACGAUGAAUUCGCAUUAGCCGUUAUUCCACGUGAGCCGAUUGAACAACCGCCGCCAGAACGGGGACAUACGUUUAAAGUGCUUUGCAUCAGUGCUUUGCAUCCCAAAGCAUCGGAUGAGUAUGUGAAAGACACACUGUACCGGGAGUUUAAGCGGUUCGGUGAUUUUAGUAUUCGAAUCGGGCGUGACCAUGACGAACGUGUUGCUUAUGUGUGUUUUCGUUCGUCGGAAGUGGCUCGUGAAGCUAAAAGACAGAAGCCACGUGUUGUUCUUUAUGAUAAGUCUGCUAUGAUAACUGUUGUGUAUGAACGUCCCGAUCAAAAAUACAAACCGAGGUCCAUUUCGCCGGAAUACGAAAGAAGCGUAGCAUCGUACUAUCAACCACCACCACCACCUGUAACGGAAAGACGUCGAGCGCCAACAGUCGAUCCCUACAGCAGAUACGCUCCCCAUCCACCAAUUCAUCGUGAAUAUCGUCCGCCAAUGAAUCAUCAUGACUACAUGCCGCCGAGAGGUCCAAUGAUGCACCAUCCUCCGCACAUGCAUCCGUCGCAUCAUCACUACGUACCACGACACACAAUCAGACAUGCAGCCCCGCCGCACGAAAGUAAGAAAGAUAAAUUUCCAAAUUAUCUGCAUCACGUCCAGCCGGAAGACGAUCCACAAGCGACAAGAACUCUGUUCGCCGGUAAUUUGGAAGUGAACAUUUCCGAGGAAGAGUUACGACGCAUUUUUGGCAAGUACGGACAACUGGACGAUAUUGAUAUUAAGCGACCGAAUCCCGGCGCUGGAAAUGCCUUCGCGUUUGUUCGAUUCGAAAAUUUGGACAUGGCGCAUCGGGCUAAAAUCGAACUGUCCGGCCAAUACAUUGGAAAGUUUCAAUGCAAAAUCGGUUACGGAAAGGCAAAUCCAACGACGCGAAUCUGGGUGGGCGGACUGGGAGCGUGGACAUCGUUAACUCAAUUGGAAAGGGAAUUCGACCGGUUCGGUGCAAUUAAGAAAAUUGAGUAUAAAAAGGGCGACAGCUGUGCGUACAUUUGGUAUGAAUCGAUCGAAGCAGCCCAAGCAGCUGUCAAGGAAAUGCGUGGCUAUGCAUUGGGUGGUCCAGACCGUCGCUUGAGAAUAGAUUUUUCUGGUGUGCCAAAUGGUCAAACGCCGAAGCCAAAAUCUCCAGCACCACCCGAACCGAAUUGUGUGUACCGUGAAGCAACGCAAUAUGAUAGCUAUGCUUCGAGAGGUGCUUAUCGUGGACGUGGUCGUGGCCGAGGAGUGUUUAGAGGUGGCUAUCAGCAGUACGAACCUCAAAGAGUGAUUAUCGAAGAAGAACGACGACGACCGCUUCUGGCACUAGAGUACGAACCAGCGAAUAAUAGCAGAACUACUGCGACCACUAACAACAACAUUAGGACUCCUCCUGUACAUAAUAACAUUAGAAGCACACCAGUCAAUAAUAUUAGGACAAAGCGAUCGCAGUCGAGAGUACGAAGUCCGGGUCCACAUACGCCAGACUCGGAACCAGAUGCCAAUAUAUCUCCAGCAGAAUUGCUCGGAUCAGCUGUGACAUUAGCCGAUGUAGCACGUAAAUCAGCUAUAUUCUGGACCGGUGCGUUGAUACUGAAGAACUCACUGUUUCCGGCUAAAUUACAUUUGACCGAUGGCGACGACGACAUAGCCUCAAUUUUAAUGAAAGACGAAAAUGGUUUGCAUAAUCUGCGAAUAACUCAGAGAUUGCGCAUGGACCAGUCGAAACUGAACGACGUGCAGAAACGUAUACGCACAUCCAAAUCGCAUGCCAUCUUUGUGGCACUUCCGAAUGUGGCGCCGAUAGUCGUGCAUGACAAUAGCGUUCAAACUAGGCCAUUACGUAAUUUGGUAUCGUAUUUAAAGCAAAAGGAGGCAGCUGGUGUCCUACCACUAUUGCAGAAAACAGCUCAAACUUCAGGCGUCUUAUAUGCAUUCCCGCCGUGUCAAUUUUCAUCCGAUUUAUUGAGACGGACGUGUCAUAAUCUAACGGACGAGACACUGAAAGAAGACUACUUGGUUGUUGUUGUUGUUCGUGGUGCAAGUGUUCCUUCGCUAUGAGUUCUUUUUUUGCAGUUAUUCAAAUUGAAUUCGUUAAAUUGCUGUACUAGAUCUGCUCUGCAGCCGCUGGGAAGGUAUUUUUGUAUAAAAAAAAAUAUUUUUUUUUUGUUUUCUUGUAGAUAUUUAAGUAAAUAGUCCUUCGGAAAUAGAAAGCAUAACUGAUCAAAGAGAUACAAUUUUGAGUUCAUUUUCUUUUCUUCAAUUUAAUUUGGAUAACAACCGAGAAUAAAGAAAGAAAAUGAUUUCGAUGAAUUUAUCAUUACCUCAAUGCGCUAUCGUAUGUUUUAUACGAUGGCCUCAGUUACAGCAUGGAAGUUGUUCAACAUUGGAAGAGAGAGAGAGAGAAAAAUGAAUAAAAGAGAAAAAUAUUCUGGUGCAUAAUGUCAUUUCGUAUUUUAUAUUUCAACGCUACGAUUGCAUGUAUUUCAUCGUCCCAAUGACAGACCACUACCGAAAAUUCCAUUGAUCGCUUUUGAUAAUUGAUUGGAAUUCAAAACUCGCACACCCUCUCUCGGUGUAAAUUUUCUAUUCAACUCUGUUUAGUAUAACAACACCGACCAUGAGACGGAUUAGUUUAACUAUACCAAGACUGUGCUCUUAUGCAGCGCCAAUCCGCACUUUAUAAGAUGUGCUUGGACACAAAAUUACGCAACUCAUAUGAUGAGGUGAAAUUUCUGUUUGGACGUCGAGGUGUAUUGACGCUACGUAUCGAAGUAAACCACAGCCUCGGUCUCUAGACCAUUUCAAGCUGAAUUUUAGCUCAGAUCAUUUUCCAUCGACAAUUUGCCAUUAUGCAAACCACGUAUUAUACCGGGACAUUAUGCAUCAGCCUAUUUUGUUACCAGAAUCGACGAAGUUCACUUUCCAUUUAUUUUGGUGAAGAAAAUUGUUUUACCAAAAUAAACGCAUGUUCCGAGUUCGUGCAGUGUAACAUGACAACGUCACGAGUAACGCACGCGGAAAGCUUAGAUUUUAAAUGGGAUUCCAAUUAUUUCUUGUUAAAGACCGAAGAACUUUCGUCAAUCAACUCGGUGAUGUUAAUCAUUUCGCCGAGUUAGUGGUAAAGGGUCAUCGUAAGUAGCUUAUACGCUCAGGGAUAGUUUUUGUUUUUGGUAACGCGAGCUUUUCGUAUUUGUUUUUCCAUAAUGACCCUAAUUUAACGUUGAUUUGGACCGUUUGGGGCCAUUCAAAUAGUACGCACAUUUGAAUGCGUUGCGAAAUGUUGGUAAAACUGGCGUUCUAUUUGAAUGACCCAUUUUAUCAUUGAGAAAUGAAUUCAUUUUUUAAGUUUAACGAACUAAGCCACCUAACUAUGAGGAAAAAUAGGAAAACGUUUGAAAGAUUAGAGAUACAAAGCUUUAAAAUUGUGAGUAUCUUUCACCUCCAGAUCGUAUGGAGAGUCGACGUAUAAAUCAUAGGAUUCACCACGACACCAAGGGAAAACGGAUUACUUACGAACUCCCUGCCAGUUAAAAGAGCACUGAAAGAGAUAAUCGAGUUACACAAAUGUGUGCUUGAAAGAGAUCGUAACUAAAAUAAAAGAGGGUCGUAACUGACCUGUUUGCCCUAAUUAUAAGUGGAAAUAUUUCCCUUACACGGUACUGGUGUGAGUUUUACCAUUGACGAAUCUGGAUUAAUCCAAAUGCUCUAGACAUCGUCAUCUAGUAAAUGACAAUUUCGAUAAGAAAACUUUGUGUGUUGCGUAACAGAAUUUUGCGCUGAAGCUGUACCUAUACAUCACAUUUUUGAUUAAAUUGGAACUCAACAACAACAUCGGUGUGUUGUUCAGGUUUAGUAAACGAAGCAAAAAUUCGAUUGGAAAGAAAAUGUUUUGUGAUAGCGUGGAAUGAGCGACAGAAAUGCCCAAAACACUUUUUUUUUAAAACUUAAAAUGAAAAUACCCAGACAUUUGCUGCAGUUAUAGAUUUUACAGUUUUGUGAUAAAUUUGACGAAUUGUAAGAAACAAUUUUUGUAUUUUUAUGAAAUUUUAUUAUUUUGUUGACACACACGACGUGGAGAACAUAAAUUUAUUUUUGAUGGCGAAUAACAUUCAAUCUCAUCAAAAAAAAAAAAAAAGGAAAGCAAAAACGAAAAAUCUAAAUUAUUUAAACAAAAAAAAAGAAAAGUUUUUUUUUGGUAUAUUAAAAUCAAGUUAAGCAAAACAAUGAUUGUGUAAUAAUCGAUAUUAGCAAAUCAAUAAAAAAAAAUUGUGUAAAUUAACUGUAACAUCCAACCACUGUUUCUGUUCACCAUUAUCUCUGUAACGAUCAUUUCAACGAAACGGAAUUCAACAGCCUUUUACAAACGGCAAGCAUAUCACGAUCGAUAUGUUAAGAAACGGCUAUGAUCGUGGAUGAACAUGCAAGUUCCAUGCUCACCCAUAGACAGCUGAAUUUUAAUAUUUCUAAUUAGGUCUACUACUUCAAUUGCUUUAAAUGAAGACGAAAUUGCUUUUACCGUUUCUAAAAGGUUACCCAGUGGUCGAAAUAACUGACGACACGCUGGGUUAUGAUUUGGUAUUGUUUAACGAGACAAAGAAAAUGUUUUAAAAAAAAAUUGAGAAAAAAUGUUCCCAACCCAAAAUCGAAUUGUAAUCAAUGGAAAUGAAAUAAAUUUUCAAAGAAAAUGAAUAUUUCGUGUUAAAUGAACUGAUUUUUCCGACAAUGACAGUCCAUAUUCAAUGUGAAGGUCUCGUCUGAAAAGCAUUUUCUUUUGUUCAUUUUAUAGUUUGUGACGAGACCACAGUUUCAUAGU